AGACAUGGGCUGGACCUGGUGUAUCAUCGGGUUUCUGUUUGUGUCAGUGUGUGAGUGUUGGCGGCUGCCUCGCUCCGAGCCUGUUAUGCAUGGGGAGAUCCAAUCCCCCCAGUACCCCCGUCCUUACCCCCCCAGCCAGCUGAAGCAGUGGGACCUCCAAGUACCUGAGGGCUACCAGAUCCAGCUCACCUUCACACACCUGGACAUUGAGGCUUCCACAGGCUGCUUUUAUGACUCCCUCACGGUUCUCUAUGAUCAAAACAUACUGGGAAAGUUUUGCGGCCAGCAGAAUUCGACUGAUGGGCAUCACCCGGGCAACCAGCCCAUCUUGUUUCCGGGCAACAGACUCACCCUUGUAUUCCAAACAGAUGACACCAAUCCUGAGCUCCAGCAGAACAUCGGCUUCUCUGUUUACUACCAGGCAAUAGACAUGGAUGAGUGUUCAGAACCAGAUCCUGCUGAUGGCUCAGCUCCACCCUGCUCUCAGAUCUGCCUUAACACUCCCGGUUCAUACCUGUGCUCCUGUCACCACGGCUAUGAGCUCCGUACAGACCACCGCACCUGUGUGUUAUCUUGUGGUGGUGGUAUAUUUGAUGAGCCUGAGGGACACCUGACCAGUCCAGGAUACCCUGACCAGUCACCUCACGAUCUUUCCUGCCAGUACAUCAUCUCUGUUGAACCCGGCUUCACUGUCACUCUCAACUUUACCGACAACUUCCACAUCGAGAGCAUAGACACUGAUCAAGGCCCCACCUGUCUGUAUCACUGGCUGCAGGUGACCAUCCCAGAGAGAGAGCCCAUGAAGCUGUGUGGUGGAAAGAGUCCAGGACUGAUGAUCACUGAGUCCAACACUGUUACGCUGGACUACCACACAGAUGGGACGGGCCUGAGUCACGGCUGGAGCCUGAACUACAACACUCACAGGGUGAAGUGCCCGUCUCCUGGUGUUGUGGCUAAGGGCAAGGUCACUCCUGUCUUACCUGAAUAUCUCUACAGAGACUACAUCUAUGUGCGCUGCGACAAAGGAUACAAGCUCAUGAUGGACGGUAGGGAGCUCGUGAGUUUCUCUGACAUGUGUCAAAGCAAUGGACAGUGGCAUUUCUCUCUCCCGGAAUGCCAGAUCAUUGAUUGUGGAGAGCCUGAACCACUGCUGAAUGGAGGGGUAACCUUCAUAUCUGGCUCUCAGAAUCAGUACCGUUCUGUCAUUCAGUAUCACUGCAAUGAGCCAUUUUACUCUCUGCUCGGGGGUGUAAAUGUGAGCUACACCUGUGCAGCAGACAGAAAGUGGAGCGAUAACAAUGACAUUCAUGCUAUUCCGAAAUGUAUACCAGUUUGUGGCAAGCCCACAAAACUCCUCUCUAGCUUUCAGAGGAUCUUAGGGGGGGCUAAAGCUCCAGACAAUACUAUCCCCUGGCAAGUGAUGCUGAAAGUAAAUGGAGGUAAAGGAGGUGGCAUGGUGAUUGGAGACCACUGGGUUAUGACUGCAGCUCAUAACUUGGUAGAUAAGGGAGUGACUGCGUCAGAAAAGAAAGUGAAGGUUUACAUGGGAAGUAAUGAUGUUGAAUUAAUGACGACCUCACCUGUGGAUGUGGCCUCUCUCCAUGUUCACCCUAAAUAUAAAAACCUCGAUAACUUAGAUUAUAAUAAUGACAUCGCCUUGAUCAAACUGCAACAUCCAGUCACAUUCAACUCAUCCAUCAUGCCGAUAUGUUUGCCAGCUGAAGGUUUCACAUACACUGAAGGGCUACUUGGAUUGAUUUCAGGCUUUGGUCUUAUGGAGAAGAAUGGCUCCAGGAUGGCUACAAAUAAUCUGAUGUAUGUACAACUCCCUGUGGUGGAACAGGCGGUUUGCAGAAAGUCUAUUAAUGAAGCAAAGGAGAUAUACAGUAGCCUACCAAGUCUGACAGAUAACAUGUUUUGCGCUGGAGUCCCUGAAGGUGGGAAGGACUCAUGCCAAGGAGACAGUGGAGGCCCUCUCGCCAUCAAGCAAGGUGGUCAGUUCUGGGCUGCAGGGAUUGUCAGCUGGGGGAUUGACUGCGGCCAAAAGGGCAGAUAUGGAGUCUACACCAGAGUUGCCAACUACCUGGGCUGGAUCAUCAACACCAUGCAGGCAAACUGA